AUUUUUUAAUAAGAUUACAAAAUGACAGGAAUAGAUAAUUUAAGCUAUAACGAUGGCGUCGGACCAGCGUCGGGGGUGCCGGACAUGCACGAGACCCUGUCUAGCUUCCCGGAACAGUUUGGGGAUGGCCCGAGAAAACCGGAAAUAAAGCCGGAAAUUCCGAAGGAGACGGAUAGAACCGCGGACAAUCUGAAAUGCGGUUGGUUCUGGUUCAGGCCAAUUUAUUUGCAGAAAUUUCGCACUGCGAAAUGGGCGCUUUUCUGGCUGUGCUGGGCUGGAGCGAUGCAAGGAAUGGUCGUGAAUGGUUUUGUAAAUGUCGUCAUAACGACGAUAGAGAGGAGAUUUGGAUUAAAAUCGUCGGAGACCGGCCUGAUAGCGGGUGGAUACGAUAUAGCUAGCUUCUUUCUUCUCGUACCAGUAAGCUAUCUUGGCGGCCGUGCGAAAGCGUCGAAACCAAGGUAUAUCGGCAUAGGAGUUCUAGUCUUAGGUAUAGGUAGCCUGCUGUUUGCGUCUCCGCAUUAUCUUGCCGGACCGUAUAGAGGAGGUCAGCAAACAGAGAACAUAUGCCAAAGUGUCACUAAUAUAUCGAGCCAUUCGAUAUCCUGCACGGAUCAAUCUACCGUUCAAGCGGAGCUAGAGCCUUACAGUGGCGUGUACUUAACCCUAUUUCUGGUAGCUCAGUUGUUACACGGUGCCGGCGCGGCACCCUUUUAUACGCUCGGGGUUACGUAUUUAGACGAAAAUGUUUCGAAGAAGAUGUCUUCGGUAUAUCUAGGUGUUUACUAUACUAUGGCUAUAAUAGGACCCGCGCUAGGCUACGUUGUUGGUGGCGAACUGCUGAAAAUUUACACAGACUUUCUCACAGUGGACUCCUCAACGAUUGGGUUAACUUCUGAUAGUAAUGUCUGGGUUGGUGCAUGGUGGAUCGGUUUUUUGGCAGCGGCUGUCAUAUGCUUCGUCAUCGCGAUACCGGUUUUGGCAUUUCCUGCAGUUUUACCCGGAUCGGAGGAAUUAAACAAGGAUAGGGUAUCAGAAGCGCACGAGAAAUCGACUCGAUCUUCUACCGCGGCAACCGGAGAAGCGUUUUCCAAGAUACGAGAGCUGCCACGUGCUAUGACCGAAUUGCUUGGAAAUCCGGCAUUUUUUAUGCUGAACUUGGCAGGUGCGAGUGAAGGGUUGCUCAUCGCUGGAUUUGCUGCUUUUCUACCGAAACUGAUUGAAAAUCAAUUCAGCGUCAGUGCCAGUUCAGCCGCGUUGCUGAUGGGAUUGGUGACUGUGCCAGCCGGAGGCGGCGGUACAUUUCUCGGUGGUUACCUGAUAAAACGCUUCAAUUUGCCCUGCUCUGGCAUUUUAAAAUUUUGUUUACUAGCUACAACCGCCUGCAUCGCUUUCACGUUAUGUUUCGCUUUAAACUGCCCGAACUUGGAUUUCGCCGGAUUGACUGUGCCCUAUCAAAACAUCACGAGGAAGAUCGCGUUGUCUCUCGAAGACACCUGCAACAAUGGCUGCGGAUGCUCUAGAUCGCAAUUUGAUCCUAUAUGCGGCGUGGAUGGAGUCACAUACUAUUCACCCUGUCAUGCCGGAUGCUAUCGGGAAACACCGAUAAACAAUGUCAAAGUGUACUCGGAUUGUAGCUGCAUACACGCACCGACGAUGAAUUUGACGAACGAAGAUACCGGCGAUGUCGUCCAGUACGAGGCUGUUAAUACGACUUGCAGUAGCUCAUGCUCGUACCUGUGGCUAUUUAUCGUUUUGGCAUUUUGUAAUAUGUUCAUGACGUUUCUGUGCACAAUGCCAGCGCUCUCGUCCACCCUGAGAGUCGUGCGUGACGAUCAACGAUCGUUCGCUUUAGGCAUACAGUGGAUCAAAGUCCGGAUUUUAGGAACGAUACCGGCACCAAUGAUAUUCGGCGCUCUUAUAGACGAUACUUGCAUCUUGUGGAACGAAACGUGUGACGGCAGAGGAGCGUGCCUCGUAUACGAUAAUUACUACAUGAGCAGGUACAUGCUCGCGCUGGCAUUCAUCGGGAAAGCGGCUUCGCUUCUUUUUUUCUUCUUAGCAUGGUGGACGUACGUUCCACCGAGCACGAGAGGCAUCGACCAGAAUUCUCGGCAGCAAACGACGGCUACUUUAAUGCUGAGCGACACGUCUCAAGAAGUUGAAAUAGUAUCGGCUACGAUAGCGUAAUCUUGAAUUACUUUAUUUUUCCUUUUUAGAAAGUUAUUCUUUUAAAACGGUUAUUUUAUAGAGGAACGGUAUAGAAAUAACCGCGGAAUAUAAGCGGUUAGAUAAAUGUCCUAACAUUCUUUUUUACGGUGAGAUUCACGAACAGAAACAGGAUAAUUCGUAUUAAAUGAGAAUACUGUCGCAAACACAUAAACAGAUAUUAAGAUAGGAUAAAUGCGUAUACGUCAAUAUACAAUAUGAACAAAACUUGUCAUGAAAAUCCUUUUUGCACGUUAGAAAGAUAAGUUUUUGAUAGCCCUACAACCGAAGUAGCUCGAAAAGCUAUAGAUUCGGAAAUCAAUCAGGGGAUGUAAAAACAUAUCCAGAUAUAGUUGUGCCAAAGAGCCUAUAAUAUGCAAAGCAUAUUCUACAUUUUCUUUAUAUAAUGAACUUAUAAUGAAAUUAUAAGUUUUAGGCUCAAUUGCACCAACGUUACUUUGACUUUAAGUGAAGCUUAAAUAUCUCUUUUUCUUCUUUUAAAGCCGACGGAAAUUAAGUAUUGCUUAAAAUUAAAGUAACGUUGGUACACACACAAUCAGGCUUUAAUGCGAUAAAUCUAUAUACAUAUAAGCACGAGCCAAAUAACCCAUUUGCGCAACUCAAUCCAAUUUUCCCUAUAAUGGAAACUUUUAUAAUCCUACAUUCGCUAACUGUCAAUUAAAGAUUAAUUAACUGCGUAUUCCCCUUAUAAUGAUAAAUAUCGAUAGUUCUUUA